GUUAAACGAAAAUGGCUACGCAGGUUACUACCAAAUAAAUGUCAAACUGGACUUUGAAUCAUUCAACUUUAACGUGUCCUUUGUCAGGGUUAUUGGUGUUAACGUUUUCGAAUGGAUUUCCCGGAGCGGGUUGAUUGUGUCAUUGACGGUACAGGUUUAAGUGAAUCUCUGAUUUCUGCAAGUUUAUCAAUAUUGGGGAAACAAAUUCUUCAUAUCGAUAGAAAUGGUUAUUAUGGUGGAGUCCUUGCAUCUUUACGAUUCCCUGAAUUCGAAAAACUUCUCAGUCAAAAUGAACCUGACUGCCCCAAAAGUCUUCCAAUCAUUAAAGAUAAUUGUUUAGAUCUCAGUGAGAUUGAGUCUCCCUUGGUCACUCACAGGUCAUCAGAAUGGUUUCUAGGCUGUGACGACAGUUUCGAUUCAUAUGAUGAUAAUGAUGCUGAAAAUUACAGUAGUGUGAGCAGAAAAGUUAUUAAUGAUUCACCAAGCACAAUGGCAUUGCCUAGUGAUAUCACUGUUCAACACGAUCAUAUUAGCACUGAGAUUUCUAGUGUGGUUCGCGAGCUUGGAGAAGAACAAGAGAAAUCCAAUGGGGAUGGACAUGAAAACGUUACAGUAACCGAGCAAAAAUCUGAUGACGCUGAUAAGAUUGUCCAGAGCCAAAAAUUAUGGUCUCGGUCUAAACUACGAAACGCUGUGCGCCUACAUGAUAUAGACAUAGUACCAAAGAUAAUUUAUUCGCACAGUCCUGUAGUAACUGCGCUUCAACGUGCUGAUGUAACAAGAUAUUUAGAAUUUCGUUUCGUAUCACGCCUGUUAGCUUAUAUUGGUAAUAAUCAGUGCACACAACAGUCUGGAACAGUCUUAAACAAUGCUGAUAAUCAAUCUUCCUCAACAAAUUUUACGGGUCAUGUAGUCAAAAUUCCCGUCUGUCGUUCUGACGUGUUUAAAACACGUUUAUUAAGUUUACAUCAAAAAAGAUCGUUAGGUGCAUUUUUCGAAUGGUGUUUUCAUUUAAUCAUUAAUGAUACUCAACUCAGUACAACACAUUCUAAUAAAGAUGAAGAUUAUUGUGCAUACGAAGAUCGACCUUUUCAAGACUUAUUAACUGAAAAACGUAAACUUGAUAAAUUUACCCAACAAUUAUUAAUAACUAAUCUAUCAUUCAGUAAUCAACAGAUUAAAACUAAAGAGGCCAUUUUCAGGAUUCGACGAUUGUUAUUCUCUAUGGGUCGAUUUGGACCAUAUCCAAUUUUGUGGCCAAUGUAUGGUAGUGGAGAUUUAACUCAAGGAUACUGUCGAAUGUCAGCUGUUUUCGGUACGACAUUUUGCCUUGGUUGUAAAGUAGAAAAAAUUGAAUAUAUAAAGUCAGAGGUAGAUGCAAUAAUUCGAUCUGUUGAGAAUAUGACCACCAAUAUGAAAGAUGAACAGAUAACGACAGGAGCUGACCCUUCAUCAUCGUCGUCAAUAUCAAAGAAUAAUACUGAUGAUGAAUUCAUUGUUUAUUUAUCUAAUGGUAAAAAAAUAAGAACAAAAUGCGUUAUUUUAUGUCCGGAAUGUUUACCAUAUUCUUGGAUUAGUGAUUUUAUUAAUCAUUGGUGUGCCCGAGCUGUGCUCAUUACAGACUCUUCUCUUUUACCAGAUGACUGUAAAUCGAGUGAUAUUUCAAUACUUGCAUAUUCAUUUAAUGCAAACAAUCAACAAAAUGAUUUAUGCCUUGAUCCUGUUAUCAUAAUUGAAUGUCAAGUUGAAAAAAAUAAAUUCUGUAAAGAUAAUUUAUUUGUCGUACAUCUAUGUGCAAUCAUUAAACAACCGUAUGAUCCAAAGAAAAUUUUCCAACCUCUUCUAAAUUGUUUAUUUACACAAUAUGAUGAUAAUACCGUACAUCCUUCAUCGGUCAAUCAAGAUCAUUGUAAACGACCUAGAAUGCUAUGGGCUGGUUAUUUUUGUGUACCGGACUUAUCAUCUAUUCCAAAUAAUUUCUCUACACUUGGAAAAUCUGAAACAAUAAUGAAUUCUAAUAUCUUUAUCACUGCUGGACCAGAUGCUACUCCAGACUUGGAUUCAGUUAUACCUAAUGCAGAAGAGAUAUUCCGUAAAAUAAUUUCUAUUUUAGGCUUGCCAAACAAUUCAAAAAAUUUAGCAUCAACAACGACUGGAACAAACAAUGAUGACAGUACAUCUCAGACUAGUAGAUCAUCUAUGUAUACUACAAUUGAUGCGGUUUGGGAUGGUCAAUUUCCACCUAAAGCACCUCGACCAGAAGAUAUUAUUGUGGUAGAUGAAUCAGUGAAUCCACCACCAGUAGUGACAAUAGAAGUUCCUCAAGAAGAUCAGAAUUAAAUAUCUAAACGAUAAUAUUUAUGUUGAGUGAUGGCUUAAUCGUUAAAGUGUUCAACUUUCCCUAAUUCCCAACUUUGAACCCUGUCCCAUCUACUUGGGCUUAAGCAACCGCAUACUAUAAUUAGCCUUUACACUUGAAAUAUGGGUUACAUUCAAGUAUCUGGUGAGUGAGUUAAUAGAAAAUUAGUGUAUAUUUAUAUACUACUGUAUUGUUGAUGGUUAAGUGGAUUUUCUUCAUAUAUAUUAUGACUGUGUACAGCUAGGUGAGGUAAUAUCUUCUUUUCGCAACACCAGAGUACAACAAUUAAGUGAUAUUGAAAUUUGUGUCAUUAUCCAUUUAGUUUUAUCAGAGAUAUAUUUUGUAACGCAACUAUUAAUCCUUAUGAAAUAAUCUACCUGGACGCAUAAGCGACAUAGUUUGUGUUAGGCAACCACAUCGAAAUUCCAAGUUUUGUUGCAAUGUUAAUAGUGGAUAUUUGACCACUUUAAUAAAGAGUAAACUUUUUAAAAUCAAUAUCUAUUAGUACAUAUUACGAUAUAAAGAAACUGAGGUUUUUCAGUGCAUCAGCUAUUUUAACAUAAUUUAGUAAUUUCAUCCGCCCAUGAACUGAUCAUUUGACUUGAGCCGGAAGUUGUUCAAUGGCUGAUUAACUGGCUAUCCUAUCCAUAUUUUCUCACUUACAGUAUUUGUCUUGUCAUUUAUUAUUUGUUUUUCAGCCAGAAAAAAUCUGUGUUUCCGUUGUACCUUCAAAAAGAACAGAUUGUUGAAUUAUAUUGUAGCAAGUAUGAUCGGGCCUUUACUAAAGGAGCAGUAGUAUUCUCUAGUCUGAUUAUUGAUUAGUUCGCUCUACGCCUGUAUAGCCGGCGACCUUUGAUUUUACCAAUGACCAAUGAACAACGGGUGAAACCUUAAUACCUAUUGGCCCUCGAGCUACGUCUAACCCCGUUUUUAUUCGAAAGACAAGAUUAGCAAUUAGAUAAGAUCCGUGUUGUGUAGCUGUCCAGUUAUAUGACUCAGUUCGUGCAGUAAUAUAGAGUUACAUCCUGACCUGACCACCGACCAAAAUAAAUAGGGAAUUACAGUACGCUCAUAAGCGGUAGGUCCGUAAUCAGUGAAUAGUAACUUUAAAAAUAUCAAACAUAUAUUGAUAGUCUAUAUGCGGAAAAAAGAUUACAAUAAAGAUAACAUAAGGAUACAAUAAUCCAAAUGUCUAACAAUUGUACAAUAAAAACCGAAGGUCCUAUGUUCGAUUCCCGCGUGUGUGGUCGUGAAUGAGUAUUUCUGAGGGUUCCAGUAAUAGGACAAAAGCCCUGCGCAUUUCUUUCAGGUUUUUAACAGUAAUGUAGCUAAGAUCAGUUCAUGAUUCCAACUGUAGAAAUACUGCAAAUUUUCCAUACUAAAAAUAUAAAUGAUAAUUUUUCACAAGAUAAUUCCUCAAGUUACAACUUUCCCAAUAUUCGCCCAUUUUAACAGCUUCCUAUGAUGUGCAUUGGCUCUUAAACCAAUGUACAUAAUAUGUGUUGAUAAACAGUAUGGUACUUGAUAUACAUGUUAACUAUAAAUCAAACUUAUGUAAUAAUAUAACUUGAUCUCAGUACUUUUAAUUCAUAUGAAUUAAUAUAUCAUUUCGUAUUGUUUACUUCCCUUCAUUCAGAACUUAUUCCUCCCUUUUCUCGAUUGUUGAAAUUGAUCCAAACAUCAGUUAAGGAAGAAGAGACACCAGGAAAAUUCAUAUCAAUUUGAUGGAAAAAAUCUAAAAUUUUCCUUCAUAACUUUGACAAAUAAGCGAAUAACGGCAUUAAUGAUAAUAAUUUCUGUUUGAGUUGAAUUACAUGAUUGAUACUUCAUUCUCUAUCUCUCCCUCUGUGUGUGUGUAUAAUAUCUUCGCUUUUCGCUUACUCUUUAACUUUCUUGUGUCUUCCUGUUGUCUAUGGGGUGUUGAUUUCUGUUUUAUUUUGAAAAAAAAAUUAUACACAUUUUCACUUCUGUGUUGAGAGAAGUGAAGAAUAUUAUCAAAGCAAUGGGAAGAUCACUUUUCAUUUUUUGUUUGUUUUUCUUAUCUUUCCUGUUUACAUCACAUCUUUUUUUGUAAGGCGGAGGGCGAACACUUUCUUAUUGUUAAUGAAAUGAAUGAUAUGAUCUAACUAAAUAGUUUAUUUUGUGUUUUUUUUUCUCAAAGAAAUAUUCUAUUUUUGAGGUUGAUAGUUGCAUCUUGUUCUGUUUUCGUUUAUUUCCAUCGAUGGAUAUGUAUUCCGAUGGCAUUGUUUAUAUUUGAAAUAUUGUCGCACGUUUUCUGGUGUAUAAAACUAGUUUAUUGAUGUCAACGGUCGACAAGUCACUGAAUGCGUAUGGAAGUAACUAGUUAUUUAGAUCAUAGCGGUCGUUAUUUAAGUAGAGAAAGAAUUGGGCCCAUUUUAAAAAAUAAACAAAAUGGUGUUCGUCAUGAGAUGAUAGUAGCUUCUUCGUUCAAGUUUUAAACUACUCAGCAGCGAUCACUCACAAGAAUAAGAAGUCGAAAUUAGGACUUUGAUUUUUCACAAUGAGCAUAAUAUUUUUAGAACUUUGAGUUGAAAUAAGUCCAUCCGUGG